CCACCCCAUAAAACCCUAAAAACCCUAGCCAGAGAUUCUGCGGCGAGCCUCUGAUAAAAAAUCUCCCUCGUUUUUGCACAGCAGGUGAAGAAGAAUGCGACCUCCAAGAGGCGGCGGCGGCUUCAGGGGAGGCCGUGACGGUGGUUUCGGAGGUAGAGGAGGAGGCCGUGGCGGCGGCGGCCGGGGAGGUGGCCGCUUUGGUGGUCGUGGCGGCGGAGGUUUCCGUGAUGAGGGUCCUCCGGCUGAAGUCGUUGAGGUUUCGACUUUUCUUCACGCAUGUGAGGGAGAUGCCGUCACAAGGCUCACAAAUGAAAAGAUUCCUUUCUUUAAUGCCCCAAUCUAUCUUCAGAAUAAGACCCAGAUAGGUAAAGUUGAUGAAAUUUUCGGCCCCAUCAAUGAAUCUUAUUUCUCGAUCAAAAUGAUGGAAGGAAUUGUCGCCACCUCGUAUACUUCUGGGGAUAAAUUUUAUAUCGAUCCGGCAAAACUUUUACCUCUCGCUAGAUUCCUCCCACAACCAAAGGGCCAGUCUGCCGCAAGAGGUGGAGGCCGUGGUGGUGGCAGAGGUGGUUUCAGAGGUGGUCGUGGGGGUGGUGGUGGCUUUCGUGGAAGGGGUGGCCCAAGAGGCGGCAGAGGUGGCCCUCCAAGAGGUGGCGGGCGUGGUGGUGGCUUUAGGGGUAGAGGAAGAUUCUAGAAUAGCAUUAUGUACCAUCAUUGUUCUAUCAAUUUUCCAUUUGCAAUGUCAUUCUGAGGAGCGUUUGCAGCAGGCUUUUGUUUGUACUGUAUUUUGUUUAGCAUUGAACUUAUUGGUAUUUAAGAUACUAAAUCUAAUUCUGCUGCAAAUUUUAAAGUCUUAGAACUGCUAUUUUGCUAUCUGUUCUUGAAUAUGAUAUACGGAUUAAGUUGGGAUGGAA